AAUGCAAUAAAGUGAAUAAGGACCUAUAUGGUAAACAAUACCUAAAGAUUUUGUGUAAUCCAAAGUUAAGUUUGAGGCAACAGUAACCAAAUUAGGAAAGAAGUAACAUCAAAGACAUCUUGUUAUUACUGAUAAACAUAUUUUAUUAUUCAAAGUAAUUGAAACUAUAUUCAAAAGGAAAAUGGAAAAUAUGCACAUAAAUUAUUACCUUUAGAUUUUUCAACUAGAUUUGAAAUAUUUCGUGAUGCUCCUACAUUAAAACCAAAUGUCUAAACUAAAAAAUCAACACCAAACACUCCUCAUUCUAAUAAUAGACCUGACAUUGUUAAACCUGAGGAUGUUUAAACAUUAGGAGAUAUAUUACAUAUAAGAUUAUAGAUUGAAUCAUCAGAUAAACAUUGGGAUUUUACUAGUGAUUAAGAAACACUCAAAACAUUUAGAAAACUAUUUGGUUAAAAAAUAAAUCAAAUGGGAUUUCAUCAUAUGUUUAAAGUGUUUAAAAAGAUUGGCAAAGGCAAUUUUGCAAGUGUAUAUCUAGCAGAGAGAAUAGAAGAUGGUUAAUAAAUGGCAAUUAAAGCAUUUUCAAAAAGUGCAGUCUAUGCAGAAGAAAAUGGAAAAGUAAGAUUAUACAUAAUAAAAUAAGGAAGGACUCAUAAAUGAAAUAACAAUAAUGAGAGAAUUAGAUCAUCCAAAUAUCAUGAAACUAUAUGAAGUCUUUGAAACAUAGAAUUCAUUAUAUAUGGGUUUAGAAUUAUUAUAAGGAGGUUAACUCUAUGAUAUAAUGAAAAAGAAAGUGAUAUUAAAUAAUAAAUAAAUACAAUCCAUUAUGAAAGGAUUAUUAGAUGGAUUAGCACAUAUGCAUUCCAAAAAUAUAAUGCAUAGAGAUUUGAAGUUAGAGAAUAUAUUAUUCAAAGAAUAAAAGUUAAUUUAAACAUUAUUAUAAUAGUGAUAUCAAUUCUGUAGUUAUAGCUGAUUUUGGUUUAGCAACAUUUGUAAAUCUUCCAAUCUAUUUAUAUUGUAGAUGUGGAACACCUGGUUUUGUAGCACCAGAAGUGAUAAAUAUUACAGAUAUGUCAACUACAUAUGAUAGUGUUUGUGAUAUUUACUCUUUAGGAUUGGUAUUCCACAUACUUUUGACAGGAAAACCAGGAUUCCCAGGAAGAAGUUAUAACACAAUUGUUCAAUAGAAUAAGGAUGCUAAAAUCAAUUUUAAGAGUCCUGUAUUUGAUAUUGUACCACCAUAAGCAUUUGAAUUAUUAAAACAAAUGUUAGAACCUAAUCCAAAAAAAAGAAUUACAGCUAAAUAAGCUAUGCAAUUUGAAUAUAUUUAAUUAUGUGAAGGAAAUCAAUAAAAUAAUUAACCAGAUGAUGAUGGAAAUAUAGGUGAAAUUGAUGAUAAACCUGGAUUAAAUGCAAGAAUAUAAUAAAUUAAUGAACAGUAUAUUCUUAUAUUAUUUAAUAGAGCAGCUAAAUUUGAUAUGCUUAGAAUUAAUUAAUUGACUAAUUCACCUUUAAAAUCACCAGUCAUGUAAGCAACCAACAAAAUGAAAGAAGUUUAAAAUAAAGAUUAAUAAAUGAUUAUGAGAACUCCUGUUAUUACAGGUAGAACUGUUGGAUGUGAAGGUAAAACUAUAUAUUUAAUUAACUUUUAGACUCUCCAAAUAUGAAUUAAUUUGUUUCACCUAGUGUACAAUUCAAAAAACUAUAAUAAAAGUAAGUAUUUUAUUAAUAUCUAGUUAAUAAUAAGCCCCAACUGGCAAUGUUUUAUUAAAGUAUACCUAAAAACCUUAAUAAUAAUAACCAAAGGACAAUGAAGAUGAAAAAAAAGAAUAGUCUAAUAUUGCAAAAUCAGUAAAGGCUGCUCUUAGUAAACAUGUUUGA